AUGACAGCCGGAGGCUGUUUGGAUAUCCAAACAAUGUUGUUCGGUCGUAAAUCAUCGAGCAAGUUACAGCCAGUAAAAAGCCAAGCAUCACCUAAAGUUAGCAAGAUUAACAAGAAGGAUGACAAAUCUUCUUCUUCACCUAAAGUUUCAUCUUCACCAAAACCUUCUUCACCUAUACCGAUUAGAUCAUCUAAGACAAUACUAUCCGGGAGCCAACUAUCAUCAUCAUCGAGACGUGUUUCUUCGCCUAUGGGCAUCCUCAAGAAUGUCUCUAUUAGAGAAGCUAAGAGCCCAAAGACAACCAGCUCGCCUAAAUGGACAGGAAACUUUAUUCUUAUGGUCGAGCUUCGCAGGAAGAUCGUUACCUUUAGAGACAUCAUUGACCUUCCUCCUCUCGAGGGUUCUCCUUCAAUAACCGAUAUGGUUAUGCAUACAAUGAAAGAUCUUCAAAAUCUUUGUCCUGAGAUUAUCCACAGCUCACAUAUCUCGGAAAUUAGACGUGCAAAUGUCGAUAAGGUUCUUGACCAUUUCUUCAAUGCUUUGAAAUCCAUUGGAGACUCAUGGAUCGAUAACCCGGACUGGAUAGCUAAAUCCAAGUAUUGGAGUAGCAGCGUUGGGAAGAAUCAGUCUGAUCGACUAGUGGAAAAGGUGUUAGCAGCAUUAGAUGGACUAAUCAAGAUGUCUAAAGAGAGGUUUGAUAUGAUGGAGAUUGAUGAAGUAGAAGAUAAGAAAGAGUUGGUUAGUCCAAGGACUGCUAAAACAUCGAGCAGUCGAGUUUUAUCUCCAUCUGAUUCAUUCUCCGACAGCAGAAGCUCGUUUUGCGGCUCACCAAUCACGCCAAGGUCGGUUCUUCCAGAACCAAUGAUGAUGGGUUCGCCGAGUAAACUUGGAGACUUUGCAAACUCUGCAUCACAUCUUCUGUGGAAUAUGAGAGUUCAGGCACUUGAGAAGCUUAGUCCUAUCGAUGUUAAGCGACUCGCUAUUCACAUUUUGUCACAAAAAGAAGCUCAGGAACCUAACCAAAGCAAUGGAGAAGAAGUGAUUAAUGUUGUUGAAGAGAACAAGCCGAAGAUGAAUGAUGUAGAGAGCAUUGAUGUGAAGAUGGAGACAGAAGAAUCUGUUGUUCUUGAUGAGCAAGAAGAUACAAUCAUGAAAGUAUCUCCAUUGGAUUCAACAUCUGAAUCCAAACUCAAUGCUUCAGUACAAUCUGAACUUGCACCAGCAUCUUUGUCACCACCACCUCCUCCUCCUCCUCCUCCUCCUCCUCCUCCUCCUCUAUGCACUACAAAAUCAUUAUCCUUAGCUUCUCAACCGCCGCCACCUCCUCCUCCUCCGUCACCACCGCUGAUUGCAAAGGCUAAUGUGGUAACCUUAUCAUCAAUCCCACCUCCUCCGCCACUGCCACCAUCUCCACCUUCCAUUAUGCCUUUACAAGAUACUAUUCCACCACCACCGCCUCCUCCUCCUCCAGGAGCUGUGGCGGCCCCACAACCACCGCCUUCACUUCCAAGAACUGCAGUGGCGCCACCACCACCUCCCCCACCUCCAGGGACUGCAGCUGCACCACCACCACCUCCUCCUCCACCGAUGCAAAACAGAGCACCACCAGCACCACCAAUGCCUAUGUCAGGCGGUCGACCACCGCCUCCCCCACCACCUCCUAUGCCUCAAGCUAAUGGAGCAGCACCACCUCCACCACCCCCUCCUAUGGCAAAGGGAGCAGCACCACCUCCGCCACCACCUCCUAUGGCCAAUGGAGCAGGACCGCCUCCUCCACCACCUCGAAUGGGAGCAGCUGGUCCACCGCCACCACCAGGAGCAGCUGGUCCACCGCCACCUCCAGGAGCAGCAAGAAGCUUGCGGCCCAAGAAAGCAGCUACGAAACUGAAAAGGUCCACCCAGUUAGGGAACCUAUACAGAAUCCUUAAAGGGAAAGUAGAAGGUCGUGAUCCCGAGGCGAAGAAAGGCGGCGGAGGAGGAAGAAAAGCCGGAGUCGGAAGCGCACCAGCCGGUGGAAAGCAAGGAAUGGCUGACGCUCUUGCUGAAAUCACAAAGAAGUCUGCAUAUUUUCAGCAGAUUCAAGAAGAUGUUGCUAAAUACAUGAAAUCAAUCAAUGAGCUGAAGGUUGAGAUCACUAAGUUCCAGACUAAAGACAUGACUGAGCUUCUUAGCUUCCACCGCCGUGUCGAAUCCGUUCUUGAAAAACUAACUGAUGAGACACAGGUUCUUGCGCGAUGCGAAGGGUUUCCUCAGAAGAAACUGGAAGCAAUAAGAAUGGCUGCUGCAUUGUACACUAAGCUGCACGGUGUGAUCAGCGAGUUACAGAACUGGAAGAUAGAACCUCCUUUGGUUCAGCUUCUUGAUAAAGUAGAACGUUACUUCACAAAGAUAAAAGGAGACAUCGACACGCUGGACCGAACCAAAGAUGAAGAAGCUAAGAAAUUCCAGAGCCACAAUAUCCACUUUGACUUCAAUAUACUUAUUCAGAUCAAAGAGACAAUGGUUGAUAUCUCAUCAAGCUGCAUGGAACUCGCAUUGAAGGAAAAGAGAGAUGAAAAGCUUGUGUCACCUGAUGCAAAGCCGAGUUUGAAGAAGACAGUAGGAUGCGCUAAAAUGCUGUGGAGGUCCUUUCAGUUUGCAUUCAAAGUCUACACAUUUGCUGGAGGACACGACGAUAGAGCUGAUUCUUUAACCAGAGAGUUGGCUCAUGAGAUCCAAACUGAUACUCAGAACCCAUGAUGAUUCCAUCGUUAAAAAUCAUCACAGGUUCCCAACUACUACUCCUUUUUGCCUUUUUAAACACCUAAAAAUUCCAAAAUGUUUGAUAUGGAAUGAUAAAAAAAAAGUAUAUGUAUAAGAUUUAACCUAUUGUUUUGGCUUUUGAGUUUGUAAAUUUGAAGCCCAC